UCCUGUUUCUUAGUUUCUUAGUCAUUUAGAGCUCAGGUUGAAAUAGAAGCAGAGGAGAAACUUUCACAAAAACCGAAUGAAAAAAAAUAUUUUUCUCUGACAUAGUAGGAAGAAGAAAACACAGACAUUAGGAUGUUUCCUGCACUGAAGUACGUGCUUUUCCCUUCGUUUAUGUAGAAGAAAUUUACAAGACAAAUCUGGGUAUCAGAAUGGCAGCACAACUUAACUUGCCAAAAAAUACGGAUGACUGGACCAAAGAGGAUGUAAACCGGUGGUUAGAAAGUCAUAAAAUUGACCAAAAACACAGGGACAUUUUGACUGCACAAGAUGUGAAUGGCGCAAACUUGAAAUACUUAACUAAAGAACACCUUAUUGAUAUAGGUAUAACAUUUGGGCCAGCUGUCCAGAUAGAACAUUUAUUCAAAGAGUUGAUGGAAACAUCCACUGAAGAUCCUUCUCAGAUUUGUAAGAGGGAGAAAGGCAGUAAAGAUGUUCCUAAAAAACAAGAGAAAAACAGAGAAACUUCAAAGCAAAAACAAAAGGGUAAAGAGACAUCAGAUAGAGUUACUGACUCUACAAUAAGUACAGCUGCUGAAGGUUCUAAGUCGCUUAACAAUGAAUUCAUGGAAGAUGAAAUAAAUGACACACAGAAAAAGCAGUCAUCUGUAGAACUGAUGUGUGUACCAUACCCUUUUGAUGAAUUCAGUGAUCCAUAUCGUUACAAAUUGAAUUUUAGUCUACAGCCUGAAACAGGACCACUCAAUCUCAUUGAUCCAAUACAUGAAUUCAAAGCCUUCACAAACACAGAGACAGCCACAAAAGAGGAUGUUAAGAUGAAAUUUAGCAAUGAGGUUUUCCGAUUUGCUUCAGCUUGUAUGAAUUCACGUACCAAUGGCACCAUUCAUUUUGGAGUCAAGGACAAACCCCAUGGAAAAAUUGUUGGCGUGGAAGUCACCACUGUCACCAAGGAAGCCUUCAUUGAUCACUUCAAUAUGAUGAUCCACCAGUAUUUUGAAGACCAUCAGGUCCAAAAAGCGAAGAACUGCAUUCGAGAGCCAAGAUUUGUAGAAGUUUUACAGCCAAACAGUAUUCCAUCUGACAGAUUUGUUAUUGAAGUGGAUGUUGUUCCAAAAUAUUCUGAAUGUGAACAAGAGUAUUUCCAGAUUAAAAUGCAAAAUUACAGCAACAAGACAUGGAAACAAAGUCCAAAAUUCUCAGUCUUCAUGCGAGAUGGGGCCAGUUCUAAGGACGUGAUGAAAAAUAAUGUAGAAUUCACAACAUUUAAACUGGAUUUAAAAAAACUGGCAGAAGCUAGGAAAGAGGCAGAAGAAAAAUGCAGAAUGAAAACAAGCAAAAAAGAGAGUGAGGGACCAAAACUUGUUAAAUUGUUAACAGGAGAUCAGGAUUUGUUAGAUAAUUCAUACUAUGACUGGUACAUUCUUGUAAUAAAUAAAUGCCAUCCGACUCAGAUAAAACACUUAGAUUUCCUAAAGGAAAUUAAGUGGUUUGCUGUGUUGGAGUUUGAUCCUGAAUCUGUGAGUGAGGGUGUGGUCAAAGCUUACAAAGAAAGCCGAGUAGUAAACCUUCACUUUCCAAGUUUAUAUGUGGAGGGGAAAACCACAAAUGAGAAGAUUAUUAGUCUGAAUCUUUAUCAACAACUCAGUUGGAUUUUCUGCAAUGGCAGGUUAGAUCUUGACAGUGAAAAAUAUAAACCCUUAGAUCCAAGUUCCUGGCAAAGAGAAAAAGCAUCUGAAGUCAGGAAACUAAUUUCAUUUAUUACACAUGAAGACAUAAUGCCAAGAGGGAAGUUUUUGGUGGUUUUCCUAUUACUCUCCUCCGUGGAUGACCCAAGAGACCCCCUCAUUGAGACUUUCUGUGCUUUCUACCAAGAUCUCAAAGGAAUGGAAAAUAUAAUGUGUAUUUGCGCACAUUCACGCAUAUGUCAGGGAUGGAAAGAUCUACUUGAAGCAAGAUUAGCAAAACAAGAAGAUGAAUUAUCAAGCCAGUGUAUUUCUGCUUUAAGUCUCGAAGAGAUAAAUGGAACUAUUCUUAAGCUUAAAUCUGUGACUCAAUCUUCAAAGAGAUUUUUGCCAUCUGUUGGUUCAUCUACUGUCCUUCUUAAAAGAGAAGAAGAUAUCAUGACUGCUCUGGAAAUUCUCUGUGAAAAUGAAUGUGAAGGUACACUCUUAGAGAAGGACAAAAAAAAAUUUCUUGAGUUCAAAGCGUCAAAAGAGGAAGACUUCUAUCGAGGCGGCAAAGUAUCAUGGUGGAACUUCUACUUUUCUUCUGAAAACUAUUCUUCACCUUUUGUCAAAAGGGAGAGAUACGAAAAACUUGAAGCAAUGAUUCAAGAAUGUGCAGCUUCUUCUAAGCCAACAUGUGUCAAAAUUAUUCAUCUGUAUCACCAUCCAGGCUGUGGUGGGACUACCUUGGCCAUGCAUGUUCUCUGGGAACUAAGGAAGAAAUUCAGAUGUGCUGUGCUAAAAAACAAGAUGGUGGAUUUUUGUGAAAUUGGGGAACAGGUGACUAAUUUAAUCACCUAUGGGACAACAAACAAUCAGGAAUACUUACCUGUGCUGCUGCUUGUUGAUGAUUUUGAAGAACAAGAUAAUGUUUACUUUCUGCAGGCCUCUAUUCAAACCACAAUAGCUAAUAAGUAUAUUCGAUAUGAGAAACCGCUAGUGAUCAUCCUAAACUGCAGGAGAUCACAGAAUCCUGAAAAAAGUGCAAAGAAUCCUAACAGUAUUGCCCUCAUACAAAACCUAUCUUCCAAAGAACAGAGAGCUUUUGAGCUUAAGUUGAAAGAAAUUGAAGAACAACAUAAAAACUUUAAAGAUUUUUAUUCCUUCAUGAUUAUGAAAACCAACUUUGAUAAAAAGUACAUAGAAAAUGUGGUCCGGAAUAUCCUGAAAGGACAAAAUAUUUACACCAAGGAAGCAAAGCUCUUUUCUUUUCUGGCUCUUCUUAAUUCAUAUGUGCCCGAUACCACCAUUUCAUUAUCACAGUGUGAAAAGUUCUUAGGAAUCACAAACAAGAAGGCUUUCUGGGGAACAGAAAAACUUGAAGACAAGAUGGGCACCUACUCUACAAUUCUGAUAAAAACAGAGGUCAUAGAAUGUGGGAACUACUGUGGAGUACGCAUUAUUCACCCUUUGAUUGCCACUCGCUCACUGGAAGAAUUGAAGAUAAGCUAUAACUUGGAUAAAAGUAAAAUUAUGCUGGAUAUGCUAAAAGAAAAUCUGUUCUAUGAUACUGGCAUAGGGAAAGACAAAUUUUUAGAAGAUAUGCAAACACUGCUGCUCACAAGACAGCGCAAUGACCAUGAAGGUGAAACAGGAACUUGGUUUUCCCCAUUCAUUGAAGCAUUACAUAGAGAUGAAGGGAAUGAGGCAGUUAAAAAUGUAUUGCUUGAAGGUAUUCGUCAGUUCAACUCAAAUGCGUUCAUUUGCCAAGCUUUGUCAAGACAUUUUUACAUUAAAGAGAGGGAUUUUAACAGUGCUCUGCAUUGGGCAAAUGAAGCAAAAAAGAUAGAACCUGACAAUUCUUAUAUUUCAGAUACACUGGGUCAAGUCUACAAAAGUAAAAUAAGAUGGUGGAUAGAAGAUGGAAGAAACUGGAACAUUUCAGCUGAUGAUCUAGCUGAUCUUUUGGAUUUAGCAGUACAUGCCUCAAAUGCAUUCAAAGAAUCUCAACGGCAAAGUGAGGAUAGAGAGUAUGAAGUGAAGGAAAGGUUUUAUCAGAAGUCAAAAAGGCGAUAUGAUACUUACAAUAUAGCUGGCUAUCAAGGAGAGAUAGAAGUUGGGCUCUACACAAUCCAGAUUCUCCAGCUCAUUCCCUUUUUUGACAAUAAAAAUGAGCUGUCUAAAAGAGAUAUGAUCAAUUUUAUAUCAGGAACUACUGAUAUUCCUGGGGACCCAAACAACGAAUUUAAAUUAGUCCUCAACAACUUUAUUCCUUACCUAACCAAGUUGAAGUUUUCUUUGAAAAAGUCCUUUGAUUUUUUUGAUGAUUAUUUUGUCCUUCUAAAACCCAGGAACAACAUUAAGCAAAAUGAAGAGGCCAAAACUCGAAAAAAGGUGGCUGUAUAUUUUAAGAAGUAUAUAGAUAUAUUUGGUCCCUCAGAGGACUCACAGAGCAAAUAUCUUGGAUCAAAGCUUAGUUUGCCACUUCAAGUAGAGCAGUGUCGGAGAAGCCUAGAAGUAUUAAAAGCAGACAAGUUUUCUGGGCUCUUGGAAUAUCUUAUCAAAAAUCAAAAAGAUGCUGCCAACACCAUGGAAGAUAUCAUAAACAAAUAUUCUUUUCUCUUUGAACAAUGCACUGUCAGAAUGCUGUCAAAAGAAAAGCAAAAUUUCAUCUUGGCCAACAUCAUUCUCUACUGUAUUAAACCUACCUCCAAAAUAGUUAUGCCAAUUAAAAAACUGAAAGAACAGCUUCGAGAAGUCUUGCAACAAGCAGGAACAACUUGUCGACAGUCAGAACCUUAUUUCCUAGCUUCUCUCUUAUUCUGGCCAGAAAACCAACAACUAGAUCAAGAUUCUAAACAAAUGAAAAAGUAUGCUCAGUCACUGGAAAAUUCUUUCAGGGGGCAGUAUAAACAUAUGUGUCGCACAAAGCAACCAAUUGCUUAUUUCUUUCUUGGGAAAGGUAACAAUAUGAACAGACUUAUUCACAGAGGAAAAAUUGAUCAACGUUGUAAAAAGACAGCAGCUGAUAUUAAGUCCUUUUGGCAGAGUGGAGAUGUGUGGAAGGAGAAAGAAGUCCAAAAACUUUUGUUUCGAUUAAAGGGACGUGCUGAAAAUAAUUGUUUAUACGUAGAAUAUGGAAUCAAUGAAAAAAUCACAAUACCCAUCACACCUGCUUUUUGGGUCAACUUAGAAGUGGCAGAAGCAUAGACAAAGUGUCUUUUACCUAGGAUUUUCCACCGGAGGACCACUUGCUUAUGACAUUGAAGUUAUUUAAGAGUUUGAUCUUCUCUCUCCAGAAAUGUGGAUACAAUAACAUUUAAUUAAAAAUUUUUUUAUUAAAGUAUAGUUAAUAUACAA